AUGCAGAGUCCCAGGUCCAAUUCCCAGCCAAUUUCCCAACCCAAACCACUGGAGGCAGUGCUGGUCCUUGGCCAAGUGCUAUGUCUUACCUGUUAUAAGUGUGAGUAUUCAUCCAUCGAUCCAUUCAAAUGCAUUCCUACGAUCGCAAAUUGUGCUGCAAGUGAGCGCUGCCUUUACAGCACAGCCACAGCCUCAACAGGUUUGGUGCGUCAGGAGCUGAAAGAGAAGAAGUGUGUCCCAGCAUCAGAGUGUGGUGUUCACAUAGAGAAAAAAAUUGCAGGUCUCAUCUUCCGCUACACAACACGAUGCUGCAACACUGACCUGUGUAAUGCAGCUGCCCCGUCCAGCUCCCACUUCUGGCCCCGAAUAGCACUGAUCCUCGGGGGUCCUGUGCUCGCUGUCCUGCUGACCUCACUCGGACCCUUUGUCUCCAUCCAAACCUGUCUACCACAUCUUCCUUUGUUACUCCAACCUCAUAAACCUCCUUUUGGGCCAUCCUCUUCUCCUCCUGCCUGGCAGCUCCAUCUCUAACAUGUUCCUCCCGAGGUACCUCCUCAUCCCUCCUCUGCACACGUGCCAAACAGUUUUAACCUGGCCUCUCUAACUUUGUCCUGAAUCCGUCCUACUUGUCCUGAUCGUAAAACUCUGAAGAGCUACAGAAUGAUCCUGUAGUGAUGCUCGGUUUAAAUACGAUCUGUGAUGUAAAUACUGAUGUAAGGCAUGAACCGUGGAGAUGUAGUUCUGGACGGUUCUGUCUGGUUUCCAUGGCGAUUUUAUUUAUUUAUUCAUUAAAUAGCCGCAUGUCUGGCUACAUGUAAAUUGUUUGCUUUGGCGAGGCUCCUACUACUGU